GAUAGGGCGAGAGAGAGUAGGGUUUUGGUGCUGGAAACGAGAGAAACCCCGACGCACACACAUGUAUAAAUGUGGACGAACCGCAUCGCCUCCACUUCGCUCGGCGAUUUCUCACCCCUCGUCUCCUUCAAUCCUUCACCGUAAACCCUAAACCCCCCCACCAGAAGCCUCACUCUGGAUGUGCUUGGGAACUCUGAUAUACUCGGUUCCUUCCUUUUCCAGUUCAUUACUAGAUUGAUGGGCAUUGAUGCUAGCAAUGGACAAGCAGACAAUCAAACAAAGAAGAAGACCACGAACCAACUACAGUCUUUGGAAAAAUUUUACUCAGAGGAGAAAUAUCCUGAGCAAACUAAAAUGGAAGAAUAUGCAUCAUUGCUGAAUUUGACAUAUAAUCAAAUUCGCAUCUGGUUUGUUGAGAGGAGAAGAAAAGAAAGAAGGGAUAAUGAAACAAUGACUUCUAAUGUAGAAAGCUUUCUUAAUGGAAGUAGUUCCCAAGCAUCUAAAUUCACCGAUGGUCACGGGAGAGUGGCUGGCAUUACAUCAAGAUGUGCUAUUGAGAGAAUGUAUCAACUUGUCAAACAGAAAGCUAGACAUAAGGUAUUGGAGCGACUGAUGAAGAGCCAUUCAGUUGGGAGAAUAAAUCAUACAGAUAAGGACCAGGUCCUCUUACAGAUUCUGCUCUCUAAAGAUUAUAUAUUGAAGAAAAUAUUCCGCAAAGAUGGUCCUACCCUUGGAAUAGAGUUUGAUGCUCCUCCCGCAAAUGCAAUUUGUUACCAUACAGAAUUGCAGGAACCUGAGCCCUGUCAUGGCAAACUACAAACCCCCAAAAGGAGAAAGGCAUUGGUGUCUCAUAUCCUUGCUACCAGAUCUCUUCCUGAAAGUGAUCUUCAUACAAGGAAGCAUGGAAUGGGCAAGGGAUUGAUGACAGUAUGGCGUGCAACAUGCCCCAGUUCUCAAGAACUUCCAACUGGUGUGAAUUAUACUGACAGAAGUGCUUCUUGGAAGCCCUUAAGAUCCACUGCUUCUCGUAGGGCUCCAUCCUCUCAUGCUUCAAAACAACUGCAGCAAAGAGAAUCACGCAUGAGACAAAGCUCUCAGAGAAAGUCACAGGAAAGGAGAAAGCCUUCUACAAGAAUAGGAAAGGUCUCAUCGGGCAAAGAUAUGAAUCAGAAAGAAACUUGUUUAAAAGAUUGCAAGCUUUUUCUUGAUAAAUUUUCAGAGCAAUCAAGCGAACUAAUUGACUUAGUUGAUGAUGAGGAGCUGGAACUCAAGGAGUUACAGGUGGGAUCUAACCCGUUACGAUGUUCUGCCCACCUUGCUUCAAAUGACAGACAUGGUUGUCCCCUUUGCAAAGACUUGUUGGCCAGGUUUCCUCCACAAACUAUUAAAAUGAAACAAUUAUUCUCAACUAGACCUUGGGAUUCUUCACCUGAACUUGUGAAGAAACUUUUCAAGGUUGUGCAGUUUAUACUUACCCAUUCGGUAACUAUUGAAGCAGGCCCCUUUACACUUGAUGAGUUUGUUCAGGCGUUUCAUGACAAGGACUCUUUGUUGUUAGGAAAAGUUCAUGUGGCACUUCUCAAGCUUCUUAUGCUUGAUACUGAAAAGGAGAUAACUGCAGGAUUUAUCCCUCGGGCUUCUAAUGCCUGCAGGUUUUUGGUGUUUUUGAACUUUGUAAGAGAACAAGAUAUUGAUGUUGACCACUGGAGGCGAUCUCUCAAUCCUCUUACUUGGGUUGAAAUACUACGGCACGUGUUAAUUGCGGCUGGUUUUGGUUCAAAACAGAAUACUGCUCAGAGAGGAAAUUAUAAUAGGGAGAGGAAUCGAAUGGAGAAAUAUGGUCUACGUCCACACACAUUAAAGGGUGAACUGUUUAGUUUGUUAUCCAAGCAAGGAAGUGGUGGGUUCAAAGUUUCUGAGCUGGCAGGAGCACCUCAGAUUGUUGAACUUGGCCUUCCCAACACAACAGAAGAAUUGGAAAAGUUAAUAUAUUCAACUCUUUCAAGUGACAUUACAUUGUUUGAGAAGAUAGGACCUUCUGCAUAUCGUCUUCGAGUUGACCCUCAGAUUAAAGGGAAAGGUGAUUCUCAUUCAGAUACUGAGGAUUCAGGAAGUGUUGAUGAUGACUCUGAGGAUGACAAUGCAAGUGGUAGCAGCGACGAUUGUGAGGAGAUGGAAUCCACUAUUCAUGAUAGGCGAAUUAUUAAGUACAACUCCCUACAUAAGAAAACCAGCAAGAGGAUAACUGAAUAUACUGAAAUUGAUGAAAGCUAUUCAGGGGAAGCCUGGAUGCAAGGGCUUAUGGAGGGUGAAUACUCAACAUUAAGUAUCGAAGAGAAGAUGGAUGCUAUAGUUGCUCUUGUUGAUCUUGUUGGUGGUUGUUCCAGUUUAAGAAUGGAGGAACCUGUAAGAGCUAUAUUGGUCAAUCCAAAUGAACGGCAUCGUGGAUCAGGUGCAAAAAUAAAAAAGUCACUUACAAACAAUCAAGUAUUACCAGUGCCAUUGUUGGAGGGAAAUGGGUGUGGCGGAACUUAUUCCUUGCUAAAUGUUUCUCGGUCCGAUCCUUCAGAAUUAUACAUGGGUUUUAAAAAUGCUAAAGCUUCUAGUAACAUUAGUGGAUGCCAAUCAAGUGCUUCAGGAAUAAGUAACUCUAAAGUUAGAGAAUCCUGCCAGGAUAUGCACCCACCACAAUGCAUACUUUUGGGAUCUGAUCGUAGGUACAACAAUUAUUGGCUUUUUCUUGGUCCAUGCACAGCACACGAUCCUGGCCAUCGAAGGGUCUAUUUUGAGUCUUCAGAAGAUGGUCACUGGGAGGUCAUUGAUACAGCACAGGCUUUGCAUUCUCUAUUAUCUGUCUUAGACAGCAGGGGUACACGGGAAGCUUGUCUGCUUGCUUCUUUAGAGAAGAGGAAAUUAUAUCUUUGUGAAGCAAUGAAUGAGUAUAUGACUGCUGUGAUUGGAAGCAGACAAACAAAAAGUUCUAGACCAUCCGAUUUGGAUUCUAGUAGUGGAGAUGGAUCUUCACCAAUUUCAGAUGUUGAUAAUUAUCUAAUUUCUGUGGAAUUAGAUAGUUUAUCAGGUGGCUCUUGUGCUAUAGAUAUUGAAACUGGAAGGAGUAGUGAAGAAAAGAAGCAAAGGUGGGACCGAUUACAAGCAUUUGAUAAAUGGGUUUGGAAUAUGUUUUACUCCUCACUAAAUGCUGUAAAGUACAGUAAGAGGUCAUAUAUGGAAUCAUUAGCCCGUUGUGAGAGUUGCCAUGAUUUAUUUUGGAGGGAUGAAAAACAUUGUAAGACCUGCCAUACCACCUUCGAGAUAGAUUUUGAUCUUGAAGAGAGGUAUGCCAUACAUGUGGCAACAUGUAGAGAACCAGAGGAUGUGGGUGAUUUUCCAAAACAUAGAAUUCUGUCUUCACAGUUGCAAGCACUGAAGGCAGCAAUUCAUGCAAUUGAGGCAAGUAUGCCAGAGGCAGCACUCGCUGGUACAUGGACGACCUCAGCUCACUGGCUUUGGGUAAAGCGGCUCCGGCGUACAUCAUCUUUGCCAGAGCUUUUGCAGGUUCUUACUGAUCUUGUUGGUGCCCUAAAUGAGGAAUGGCUGUAUGAUUGCACUACGUUAGGUUCUGAUAUUGUUGCAGAUGAUGUAAUCUUACAAUUCCAAACUAUGCCCCAAACAACUUCUGCAGUUGCACUUUGGAUGGUCAAGUUGGAUUCCUUGAUUGCUCCACAUUUGGCAAGAGUUCAAUCUGAAAGAUUACCAAUAUGCAUGCCCCAAUCAAAACGAAGACGGACCUAAUAUGAAUAUUCUUCUGCAAGCAUACUUGCUGGAUUUCCAGACAUUCUUCAAUUUGUUGCGAGCAUGACAGCUGCUUGUAUUGUCUUCUGCUUUGGGUCUUUUGACUCUUUGGAGAGGCAGAUAUUUGUAAUCUGGGAUUCCGAGCACCAUGGAAGAUUUUUUACCAUGGCCUUGGGCAGGUCAACUGGAUCAUCAGCUUUGGAAUAAUAAGAAGACGAACUACUGAGGGAUGUCCAAGGAAGCCUUUUCCUUUCUUUUCUAGAUCUUUUUGAAGUACCAUUUCCAGUUAAACAGCUACGUAACAUCCAUGUUAAUAUUCAUUACUUCAUUCACAUGAAUGCGACACAGUUAUCUUUUUCUUGAGGUUCUGUCUAAUGUCCAGUUAGACCUCAAUUAGUAAAAACCAAACAUAUGCCAUGUUGGCAGUUUCAUGUAUGUUUGAAGAGUUUAGGUGGGUUGGCUUUCAAUGGAAUAAAUAACUUUUCUGCUA